UCGGUGUUCCAGCGGAGGGGCUGCACGCGCGAUCGCGCUAUUGAUACCCACUUUACACUGUGUUUGUGGAAAGUCAGCCUCUCUCUCUCACUCCCUCCCUCGCUCUCUCUCUGUCCUCCUCUCUGGCUGCGCUUUGGUAACCUAACAGGGAGGUGUUAACUACUUUUGCUUCCACAAAGCGCCUCCCGUUAUCUCCGGUGUUGCUGCGCAAGAGCCAGAAGGGCCACUGCUACUGAUAUUCCCACCCCGCAGAAAAAAGUUUUCGGUUUGUUGUGAGGAUAAAAAAAGAAGAAGCCGGAAACGGAGGAGUCGUCUGGUAAAGAAGCGGAUUCUGCCACGGCGAGUUUGGCAACCACAUGAAGAUGAAGAACCAGCUUUGAGGACCUACGGAUGUCCACCCCCCCUUCGACCAUCCGGCUUGAGUAACACGUCCAACAAACGUUUCAAGUGGGAGGCCUUUACUUCAUAUUACCUGGGAGGAAGAACAUUAACUUGACAAAUUAUUGUAUUUAUAAUCAGGACUGAUGUCGUCCAAACUGUGAAGCGUGUAAAGGACUUUACCCAACGGCACCUACCUGGCACGGAAUGAUCUGGACUGAACUAAGCUCAAGUGCAUUUGGCUGGAGACAGAUUAACUCACUUUAGCUUCACUGAAGAGAAAUGAAUUUAAUUUGAGUUAACAAGCACUGACAUUGGCUGAUUUCUUAGCUAAUACAUUUCUUUAGUACAAACAGCUCUUUUCUGAGCCCUAACCUUUAAAAAGCCAAUUCCCUUAGGUCUCCAACCCAGAUUCCCUUAAUUCUUCAAACCCUUUUCAAGGGUCUUGGACAUUGUAUCAAAUUUAGAGAGGAGGAAUCAUCUCCUCCUCCCCCAAAAUCCAUACAACCUCUUUAUUCUGUCCAAACAUGGAUCUCCACAGGGCAGCUUUCAAGAUGGAGAGCUCCUCCUACCUUCCCAACCCCCUGGCCUCGCCGGCCCUCAUGGUCUUGGCCUCCACUGCUGAAGCUUCUCGAGAUGCCUCAAUUCCCUGCCAGCAGCCACGUCCAUUUGGCGUCCCUGUGUCUGUUGACAAGGAUGUCCAUUUGCCAUUUAACAAUGGUUCUUAUACUUUUGCAUCAAUGUACCACCGCCAGGGUGGAGUCCCACCGGGAUUCCCCAACAGGGAUUUUCCUCCGUCCCUCCUCCACCUCCAUCAUCAGUUUGCCCCGCCUAACCUGGAUUGCUCGCCAAUCAGCAUGCUGAACCACAGCGGCGUUGGCGCCUUCAGGCCUUUUGCAUCUCCAGACGAUCGGGACGGAUUGCCCAGCGCGUAUCAGUCUGCUUUCACCCCGGCCAAGCGCCUCAAAGGCUGCCUGGAUCCAGAUGCUUCACCCCACCUGCGGUACUCUGAUGCAGAGGGGAAAGAGUACGACUUUGGCGGCUCCCAGAUUCCUCCUGGAAGUUCUCCCAGCAGCGCCCUGAAAGCCGUCGAGGACAGUGGGAAAAAGAUCUUCGCUGUGUCAGGCCUCCUGUCUGAUCGAGAGACCUCCUCCAGCCCUGAGGACCGCAUUGAACGCUGUGAGUAA